CUGCAGGAAAAGAAUUACCUGGCAUACGUGACCCUGUCAGCCACGUCGACUACAGCCUACAGGCCUCAGUGCCCCCAUCCCACCCUAUCAAGACAGUUGGUUCUCGAACACUGAACCUAGCAUGAGGCAUUUAAGAAGUGGGAGCGGUGUUAAAGUAUAUUUUUCCUUCGUUCAAGCCAACGCAGGUUUGCUUCACGCGACAGAUAUACAAUGUCCACCGAUGAAUGGAAUACAUUUUUCCAUGACAAAAAGGAAAGUGACCACAUUACCGCCAUUAGCACGGCGCGAGAUUCAUAUUUAGCGCAAAGAGAAUGGUGGAAUAAAAUCAGUCGCACUCUGCCCAAAGACCAAACGGAAAGGGUGGUUGCUGUUGUGGAGAAGUAUGAGCAUGAACAUAGUAUGUUAGCUCUAGAGAAGCUGGUCGAGGGAUUCCUCGCCGAUUUCCAGGAGAGAAAGAGCCAAUUGGAGCGUCAGAGGUCCCGUGGUGGAAGAAAAUUUUCCCAUGGAGCUCAGGCCUUCCUCAAUAACUUUUCGGAGUUCUUGACAUGUUAUUCUGACGUUGUGAACAUCGUCAAGUCCGCAGACUCUCAAUUUGGUGGGGUAGCAGUGCAAGCUCUGUCGAUCUUUCUAAUCGUCGCAGUAAAUAAGCAGCAAAGGGAAGAUCUGAUAGUCUCCUCUUUGGAAACAAUGAAAAGCCAGUUUCCUCGCUUGAAAGGCUGGGGUAACAUCUACCCGACAGAAAAGAUGCAGCAAUUGAUUGUUGCUGUUUAUAUGGACGUCAUUGAGUUUGCUAGGGAAGCAGUCAGUUACUACAAGCGUUCCACGUGGGCCCGGGUCUGGUAUGCGAUUAUAAGUCCACCCCAGCGGAAGCUUCAAGCAAAAGUCGACCUAAUUCUAAGGGAGCUUUCUGAGGUAAAAGAGGAAACAAAUUUUCUACUAAGUCAGCGCGUUGGAAAAAUUGAGAGAGAUUUGGGAAAGGCCAAUGAAGCAUUGAAUGACAUGCAGAGACAGAAGCAAAAAAAUCGAGAACUGUUCAACAGCUUCCAAGAAGCGAUGUUACCAGGAGGAUAUUCAAAGUCAGAGCAACUGGAAACUUGCAAAACACAACUGCAACAUCGGUUCACGCGGAGAGAAGUUUCUUUAUUCAGUCUGAGCGACCUCAAAAAGGAUUCGCGCUACGAAACGUGGUUUCAGAGCACGAUUGCGCAGACCCUUGUGAUUAGGGGAUCCACGAGUCGGGGCCUUAGAACACCGCUAUCAUGGCUAAGCAAUGCGGCCAUAGAGCUUAUAGAGAAGCUUGAGUCAGAAAAUGCGGUCGUGGCCUACUACUUUUGCUGCCUUGAGGCCGAUGGGACAUCGCAAAAGCUUGGAAUGGCUGAUAUCCUAUGCAAGGUUAUCUACCAGCUUUUUGAGGCAAAACCCGACCUACUCCAGGAUGAAGAGCUUGAACAGAAUUACUUGGUUCCGAUUAGGAACCGCACUUGGGACAAUAAGUAUGUAUGCGAGCUUCUCGUCAAUAUUGUUAAAAGGAUUGGUAUCGUAUACCUGGUUCUUGACAGACCGGAGGAUUGUAAAGGGGGAAUUCGUGUCCUUUCGCGAUUGUUCGAGAAGGCUAAAGAAGCUGGAUGCAUUCUAAAAACAAUGAUUGUUUUUGAUAGGGAUCGAACAGAUUUUAGUCAAGUUGAGGAGCUACAGGAUGCAGAGGGUUUUUCUUAUAUUGAUGAUUUGAACCAAUGCUAGUUUGUUAAAUCGAGAGAAAUUUUCUAGGAAGUUAUUUAAUAAAA